UGCCAUACAGGGGCUGCCCCGGGCUGUGCUGCACCCAGAGCUAUUUGUACACCUGCCUCUGGUGCUAGAUGCAGGGGAUGAGAGUAGCUGGACCGCUGGUUUCCUCCAUCCCAUCAGAGCCGUGGGGCACCUCCUGCCUUGCUCCCUUCCUGCAGUGGUAGGAACCUCACCCCAGCACUGAGCAAAGCUGUGGGGCCCUGUGGGCAUGGUGCGGCGUGCACCUUUGGGAUGCUCCUCUCCCUUGCACUUUGAUUCGGUGUGAAGCAGCUCCAUGUCCUCUAGCGACUGCUCUUUCUCAUGAGAGGUGAUGCCAUUCUUACUUGCUGUUCUGAUGCCAAACAAGCUGUCGCAAAGCCCUCAAGUAUUGUAGGACCUUUACACUUUUAGGAUAAGAGCUCAGAGGUGACUUUGAGUGAAUGUGAAUCUUCUGGUGUCUCUUACUAGCUUCCCAAAUUCAUCCGAUGUGAAGCUUCUGGGAGCUGAGAUUCCUGGUAAACUUUAUGCCUUGCUAAAAGCUGCCACUAUGAGGGACAGCAUCCUUUGAGUACUGGGCUUGUUUGACUUGUCACUGUUUCACACACCUCUGUCCCUGUGAUGCCACAGUGCCAGUCUGUCACUCAGCACUGGUUCUGCUAAUGGGCUUCUUUUUUCAUUAAAACUCCAGUGCCCAAGGGAAGGGCUGGACUGACAUCUCUUUAGGGUCUGAAACCGCAGUCCUCAGAGCAGAUGCGGUUGCAUGAACUUUCUUCACCCGAUUUCUCCCCUUUCUAUGAUUGGCAGCUCUGGCCAGGAAGAUAUCCUAGGGCUGGGGGCUUGUGGUCUUUGUCAUCUACUGAGGCUGUGCACAGGGCAAGGGGCUAACUGAUGCCAAGCGUGUUGGUAAUUUCUGAGCUAAGGUCAUGCGUUCCCUGCAGCACCAGUCAGAGAGCUGCAGCUUGUUCCAUUCAAGCUCCCAAAGAUCCAGUGCACAGAGAUGGCUGGGAUUUUUUCAUGUUUUACUGAAACUUUUUACUCAGUGAAUGCAGGUCGCCCUUUUGCAUUUAAUCCCAGCCCACAGCACCAAGCACUUUCCAUAUAAUCUCCCAGAACAGCUGUGCUGUGAUUGCAUUGUGGAUUAUAAAAUGACCAUUUUCCACAAAACAGCUGCUGGCUGGAGGGAUAGCAUUUUAUAAUCAUGGGGAGAGGGGUGGGCAAGGGAGGAGGGGAGGAGACGAAAGAGAAAGAGGGUUUGGAGCAGUUUGGUUUCUUGGAAAAUUUAGAGGUGAGAAAAACAGAAGACAAAGCGUGAGUUCCAUUUCUGUAUUACUCCUCCAUAUUAACAGGACUUCAAGGACUUCCUGGUAAGAUGGAGCUGCUGAAGGUGUUGCCAUGGCGCCGUGCUUUCCUGGCAGUCAUCCUGAACCUGCUGGCUCUCAGCCUCUCCACCACCGCCUUGCUCAGCAGCUACUGGUGCACUGGGACCCAGAAAGUGCCCAAGCCUUUGUGUGGGAAGAGUAAAGCCACCAAGUGCAUUGGUGUCCCCAUGCCACCCGAUGCAGGUGCUAGCAAUGCUUCAUCCCAGGAUGUGGUGCACUACAGCUGGGAGACUGGGGAUGACCGCUUUGCCUUCAGAUACUUCCACACGGGGAUGUGGCUUUCCUGUGAAGAGAGCAUGGAAGGGCCAGAGGAGAAAUGCCGUAGCUUUAUUGAGCUUUCCCCACCAGCAGAGAGAGGAAUCCUGUGGCUGUCACUGGGGUCAGAGAUGCUGUACAUCAGCCUGCUGCUCAUCAGCUUCAUCCUCCUGAUGGUGGAAAUGCUGCAUACCGGCAAUCCUGUCUGUGGACUGAAGCUCAAUGCCUUUGCUGCUGUCUCCUCAGUGCUGUCAGGUCUCCUUGGGAUGGUGGCACACAUGAUGUACACUCAAGUCUUCCAAGCCACGGUUAAUCUGGGACCAGAAGACUGGAGACCACACUCAUGGGACUACGGCUGGGCUUUCUACAUGGCCUGGGCCUCCUUUACCUGCUGCAUGGCCUCUGCUGUCACCACUCUCAACACCUACACCAAGACAGUGCUGGAGUUCAAACGGAACCACACCAAGGGCUACGAAGCAAGCUUCAAGGAUCAGCCUCAGCACCAGCAGUACUUCAUACAACACCAAAUAAGCAGCUACUACGAGCCCCGAGACAAGCCCCUCCAUUCGGUGUCUGAGGGAGUUGACUUCUACUCUGAGCUGCAGCAGAAAGUGCUACAGCGAGAACCAGAGCUGGAGCUGGAUGAGGUCUUGGGGCAGACGAUCGGGGAAGAUCGCUGUUAAGGAUCAGUGCACUGGGGCAGAGCAGUGGGGCUUGGGAGGCAAAGAGCUCUGAACCAAACACUAACAACACUGUUAGCAAGUUCUUGGGGAGCUCUUCCUCUAAUGUUCAGGGAGCGAGAAGCCAAGGUGGGCACUUGGACAGGGCAACAGCAGUGCCAACAGGAGCAGCGUGGGUCCUCUCUGACCACAGCUUGAAGGGUGUCCUCAGCUGGGAAGGAUGAAAAUGGGGGUACAUGUUGUCUGUGCCAGCUGUACCCAAGCAUUGUCCGACAGAAUUGAGGCAGGUGUCCUAAUCCCGACAGUACUGCACUACAGAAUAGAUACAUUCAGUGCAAUCCAGCUGGCAAAUUGUAGUGGUGGGCCUCUUUGGGUGGUGUCGCAUUGCCAUUCCAGCAACCCACCUUGGUUCAGUGCUAAGGAGUUGGGCAUGGGUGCCCAUACUGAUUUGCUGCAGUCCUCUCUGAACACUCUAUUUAUUCUUCAUUUCCAGGCCCAGUCACCUCUCCCCAUCCCCAGGUUACAAGUGCUGCUGAAGAAUGGGGGGUUGCUUUCAAACACCUCUCUCUUUCUCUUUCCUAUCUGUAACAACUCCCAUAUACUCCCCCUCCUCGUUUUGCCCCCUCCAGCUCCCAUUCUGAGAUACUUUCCUGUCUGUCUCUUUCUAUUGUGCUUCCCCACAACCUUUAAGACUCUUGUCUGGACUUUUUCCUUUUUCACUUGUUUCUUUACACCAGGCCCCUUUUCCCCUACUGUAAAAAUAAUACCAACAGGCUCCAUAUCAAGCAAACACGUAAUCCCUCAAAAGUGAAAUGGUGGUUCACAUGACACACUGAUGCUGUACACAGUAUUUAUUUGCUCCACUGCAGUUCACUGUUCAAAUACAUUUUCCCAACAA